GGAACUUGGAAUACAAUAUACUCGGAUAUAAUUUCGUUACAUAACAUGGAUAUCUCAAUUAAAUGUUGACCAUUUUGGAAGCAAUAUAUCUACUCUUUUACCACCAGGCUGGAAAAUGUACCAAAUAUCGGGUAAUUUGGACUGCGGAAUCUAGAAUUGGGAGACCGGCGUUCUAAAUCGACUGACAUGCUGCGUUUAAAUAAUAUCGCAUGGUGUAUAUUUGUCAUCUGCUUGUUGCCGUUGGUCAAAUCUCAAACUCAGAGACUUGAUUGCCCAGCCGGUUGGACCAAAGAAGGACUGAAAUGUUUCUUCGUGGUCUCAAAUCCUACUGCUACAUUGCUGGAUGCACUCAUUGAUUGUACAGCACUGGAUUCGACGGCCUAUCCAGCUUCAAUUUUUAGUGCGGAAGAAGAAGCUGCAUUCGAAACAGCUCGAACUGCAGCAGGUUUGUCAGACACAUCAAGACUCUGGAUUGGUUUGAACAGUGUUGCGAUGCCCACUUACAAUUGGUAUCCUAACAAUGCCCCAUUCGACGCAACCGUGUUCAGUCGCCUAGAUGGUGCAUCACUAACCGCCAGCAGUUUCAGUGGAGUUUAUGCAACAGGAUCUGGUUGGACCAAAACUAAUGCAUUCACUCCCCUAGAUGGAUAUGCAUGCGCUUUGGAGAUUGAUCCUAACGUUGUAUUCAUAUUUGCUGGAACUGGAGGUCCUCCGGGCACAGGUGGCCCUACAGGACAGGCCGGGCCACAGGGCACAGAAGGUCCACCUGGAGGCGCUGGACCUCAGGGACCGCCAGGUGAUCCAGGACCACCAGGCACUGGAGGUGCAGCUGGACCACAAGGAACAGGUGGUCCACAAGGAACAUCUGGACCACCUGGCUUAAUUGGGCCUCCUGGUGACAGUGGUCCACCAGCAACUGGAGGUCCGCCGGGUACGGUUGGUCCACCUGGUACAGCAGGACCGCCAGGAUCUGGAGGUCCACCGGGAACAGCUGGUCCACCCGGUACAGGUGGUCCACCGGGGACGACAGGUCCUCCUGGAACUGGAGGUCCACCAGGGACAGGAGGUCCACCCGGAACAGGAGGUCCACCAGGAACUGGGGGUCCCCCCGGAACAGGAGGUCCACCAGGUACAAGUGGCCCACCGGGUACAGGAGGUCCACCUGGAACGGGAGGUCCACCAGGAACAGGCGGUCCACCAGGAACAGGAGGUCCACCAGGGACAGGAGGUCCACCAGGAACAGUAGGCCCUCCUGGAACAGGGGGUCCACCAGGAACAGGUGGACCACCUGGCACAGGGGGACCCCCAGGAACAGGGGGUCCACCAGGAACUGGAGGUCCACCAGGAACAGGAGGUCCACCAGGAACUGGAGGUCCACCUGGGACAGGAGGCCCACCUGGUACCGGAGGUCCACCAGGCACAGGGGGUCCACCGGGGACAGGAGGACCACCUGGUACAGGAGGUCCUCCGGGAACGGGAGGCCCACACGGCACCGGAGGCCCACCAGGUACAGGGGGUCCACCAGGAACCGGUGGUCCGCCGGGAACAGGUGGUCCGCCAGGAACAGGAGGUCCACCAGGAACUGGAGGUCCGCCAGGGACAGGAGGUCCACCAGGGACGUCGGGACCACCAGGAACUGGAGGUCCACCUGGUACAGGGGGUCCACCAGGCACAGGAGGCCCUCCAGGAACCGGAGGUCCUCCAGGAACAGGAGGUCCACCAGGAACCGGAGGUCCCCCGGGAACAAUUGGUCCACCGGGAACAGGAGGUCCCCCUGGAACGGGUGGCCCACCAGGAACAGGAGGUCCACCAGGUACAGGAGGACCACCAGGGACAGGAGGCCCGCCAGGUACAGGGGGUCCACCUGGAACCAUCGGACCUCCAGGCACAGGAGGUCCACCAGGCACGGGUGGCCCACCGGGAACUGGAGGCCCACCGGGAACAGGAGGACCACCAGGAACGGGAGGCCCGCCAGGCACAGGGGGUCCUCCAGGAACUGUAGGUCCACCAGGAACAGGAGGUCCACCAGGAUCAGGCGGUCCACCAGGAACAGGUGGUCCACCGGGAACAGGUGGUCCGCCAGGUAGUGGGGGACCACCUGGUACAGUAGGUCCCCCGGGUACAGCUGGCCCUCCAGGGACAGGCGGUCCACCUGGCUCAGGUGGUCCGCCGGGUACAGGUGGUCCACCAGGAUCAAUUGGCCCUACGGGUUUCAGAGGUCCCCCUGGUGACGGUGGUCCACCAGGAACUGGAGGUCCUAAAGGAUACAGAGGUUCAUCUGGACAGAAAGGAGAGAAGGGAACAGAUGGAUUGAGGGGUCCCCCUGGAAACAGUGGUCCGCCUGGUACUGGAGGUCCUAAAGGCUACAGAGGAUCCCCCGGACAGAAGGGAGAUAAAGGAGUUUCAGGUACAAUGGGUCCACCUGGAACCGCAGGACCCCCGGGGACGCUGGGUGCUAAGGGAUAUGGGGGUUCACCAGGGCAGAAAGGUGACAAGGGAGAGGUAGGACCGGGUGGGAUUGGUCCCAUUGGUACAAGAGGUCCUCCGGGGAGUAUUGGUAUGAAGGGCUUCCCAGGACCACCUGGAGGUUUCGGCUCGCGGGGUGAGCCAGGUGACAAAGGUCCUGCAGGAAACAUUGGACCCCCUGGGCCACCUGGGGGAGUUGGACCUAAUGGACCCAGUGGACCUCCGGGUAAUAAAGGCAUAGACGGGAUAAAUGGAUUCCCUGGUUCCCCAGGAGACAAGGGAUCUAUAGGAUUCAGAGGGCCUAGUGGGAUGAAAGGAAUUCAGGGGCCAGCUGGUGGGCCUGGCCUGAAUGGACCCUCCGGUCCUCCUGGUAUAAUUGGACCCCCAGGUGGCGAGGGUGCAAAUGGUCCCCCUGGUUUUGGAGGUCCCCCAGGAAUAACUGGAUCCCCAGGCGGAAUAGGGAUACCAGGAAACCCAGGGCCCCCAGGAGCAGCUGGUCCAGUAGGACCACCUGGUUUUGUUGGUCCACCUGCACCAAUGGCUAAACUGCAGGCAAAUGAAGAAAAACACUUCAGUAUGCUAGCAUCUAUUGGGAAGACAGUGAAUGGUAUAGGUGGCUCUCUAGCCGCUUGGGUGAUCCUUGUCACGGUCAUCAGUCUCACAAUACAGUAUUUCAACAGGCGAAGACUUCUCAAGCAACACAAAGCUCUAAGUGAUGUUGAAAACAGGGUAAACGGCCCUGACUCUAUCAUGUAACUGUCUCACAUAUUAACCAUUGUAACAUAUAACUCC